AUGACUUUAGAAGUGCAAGUUCGGGUCUUUGAGGUGCGCGAUAUGAAGAAGGGAAAAGCCCUGGAAGUGAUUAUGGAAAUGGAUCUUGCGUCUCUGCAAAGCGUCAGAGAUUUUACAGAGCAGUACAAAGGGCCACUUGUUGGCCUCUCAGGCACUAAAGCCGGUGCAUGGCAGGCAUCAGAUGUGUUGGUGCACAACGCAGCUAUUUUGGGUACUGAAGACACCAUCCGUACUCAGGGAGGUGUGCCCUUGGAGUGGGGCAUGGAUGCCCUGAAGCAAUAUGGGAAGGAGCUGGGUCUGACCGUGGAUGAGGUGGACCUGGCCCUUCGACUUGAGAGGCCGGCAAGUGAUGCCUCUUGGGUCACUGCGGCUGAUCUGGGCCCUGAGGCCCUGCGCAUAGCGGUAGAGACCAUGGAGUCUGGCCGCUACGUGGAAUAUGCCUGCUAUGAUGACCGCGGCAAUCCACAAGGAAGGGCCAUCAUCAAGCUACGAAGCUGGGAGGAUCAAGUGCAAGGACUCCUGACAGCUGAGCAUGGUGAGGCCUCAGACGAGUACUACCAAUGGUACGCUGACAACACGCUGGCAGCUGGUGCAGUCUACCACAUAUGCAGUGGUGAGCAAAAGCGCUGCCGAAUGAAGCUGGCGAGGGGUGACAAGCGUGAGAUGGUCCAUUUGGAUCAUUGGAGGCUGUUGAGUCCUGCGGCCAUGAUGAAUGCGGCCUACCUGCGCCCGCUGGGUGAGCGGCUGGGCCGAAAGCAGCUUGAGGCCAAGGCUCAAGCCAAGAUGGCAGCACCAGUGGUAGACCCUCCAGGGGGAACCGGCUUGGAAGCUGCAGUGGAAGCCGCUAGGAAGGCGGUUGAGAGCAUUGGACCGGCACAAGGUCAGGCUAGAGAGCGCAGCCCGAGGCGAAGGCACUCUCAGUCACCCAGUGAAAAGAGGGGAAGGACGAGGAGUUUGGAUGAGCAUCUCCGAAAGGGGAUUGAGAGGACCAAGGAGCUUGAAAGGUCCAGGUCAAAGAAACGUGGCAGGACAGACAAGACGGACAGACGAGAGAGGUCCAGUGACUCCAGUCGGUCCAGUGGGAGCUCGCAUUUUCGGAAAACCUCAGCUCGGGGAGGGGACCUUUGGCGAGUUGCCCAAAAGAAGCCCGGGCACCUGGCGGUCAGAUCUCUCAACGAGAUGACUCGCUAUUUAUCAGAGCGGACCGAUUGGGCCGAGGACGAGAACGCCUGGAGCGGGCAAAAGGUGAUGGCGUACUUGAAUCAGGUCGUCCUUGUGAAUCACCAGCCCGCAAAGAUAGGAGUCCGGUCCCACAGAGAGCUGGUGACACUAGCCAUGGCUCUAGACGCCAUUCUGGCGGGCCAAUUAAAGCAGAGCCUGGAUCUGCUCAUGCAGCGCUUCAAGGCGGUCGAGGCAUCCUUCCAGGAAGGGGGAUGGAAUACCGCGAAGCAUCUGGAGAUCAUUCCCCCCUCGGCGGCAUCGCUCACGAGGGAGGACGAGCGCCACAUGGCCGCCAGAAGCUCCGGCCGAGCGGCGCCCAAGCGCUUGGAGGACCGGCCCAGAGAAGCAAGGGACAAGAGUCCAUUUCGAGGAAAGGCGCCGGCAGGAUUCCCGACAAGAGGGCCACCCCUUGACGUCCUUGACGAUCGGCCACAAGUCAGAUCCCGAAAAAGAAGGGCCGCCUCCGAGCCCAAGGAACUCUACAGGGAGCGAGACAGGAGGCAAUCCAGUGAGCCCCGGAAGAAGAGCAGAAAGGCGAAAGCAGUGGAUACAGAAGCAAAAGGAAAGGAGGAAGAACUUCCGAAAAGCCGGAAGGCCAGACGCCGACGACGGGAAGAAUCGGAGGAAUGUGACCUUGACUUGAAUGCGGCGGCCAGCUCCCUUUUGAGGGAGUGGCUGUCAGACAAUCCCCCCAAAGGGUUAUCCUCCGCUCAGUUGGUGAAACACCUGGCCUUGCAGUUGAUGGCAGUUGAAGGCCCCCUGAAGGAAUACUUCCUUUGGUCUCUGCAAUCCCCGUCACCGAGAGAGGGGAGGAUGCAGAAUCUCUUUCCUCUCCCGUUGUGGUAUGAUGGAAGGGAGGCCUUGAAUGAAAUUUUAGAUGAGAUGAAGGUUAAAGAUGAGCCGGGUGACUGGCGAAAGCGAGGGGAUACAAAAGGUCGAGCCUCCAAGGUUUUGAGAGGCCAGGGUCUCCGGGCGUGGCAUGGCCUUGUUGUCGUGAUGCUGAAUUUUAUGUAUGGUGACAGGGCAGUGGGGACAAGGCCUACGCCCAGUGGUCAGGCCACGGCCCCACAGGAGAGGGCCCUUGAAACCUUGUGGGAGCUGGUCCGGGUUUUCAUUGAUGAGAAGGAGGCCAAUGGGGUACCGCGGACGUCAAUGGAAGACUGGGACGUGGCCAUUGACUCACUUAGGGUGAGCUAUACCGGUGAGGUGAUUGAAAAGGCGGUCCCCCUCACCCUGAAUCAGGUUUUGCCGGGCUUGCCCUCUCCGGAGCAUGGUGGCCUGGUAGACAUCCUUGCGGUGUUGCCAGAAGAGCUCCAGGAGACAGUGAAGCACCCGGAGAAACUGGUGCUGUGCCCUGAAAUGGAGGGCGUCAAGCUCCUCAACGGGGCCUUUGGGGUUCCAAAGCCUGGAAAGGUGACACCAGAGGGGGACCCCGUCCUUCGUUUUAUCAUAGACCUCCGCAGCACCAAUUUCUUCAUGGCCCAGAUCCAGGGCGACACCGGGCUAUUGACGGGUGCUGCAUCUUUUCAGAGGCUGAUCAUUGAGGACCAGCAUGAGCUUUUGGUUUCUGGCGAAGACCUCACCUCAGCCUUCUAUCUCUUCCGUUUGCCUGAGGCUUGGGCUGACUACAUGGUGAUAGAAAAGGAGGUGCCACUGGAGGCGCUGGACCUCGAAGGCAGUGGCAUGACCCGUUUAGGGGUAUGCGUACUGCCGAUGGGCUGGGCCUCAGCAGUUGGCCUCAUGCAGGCCGCACACCGGCAGAUCGCCCUGAGAAGCAGGGCCCUUGGAGGCGCUGGUCUGAGCGCCCUGGCCGAAAUUUCGAGGGCAGCAGUUUUUCCAGACCUGAGCGAGAUGCCGGCUUGGAACAUCUACUUGGACGACACGACAGUGAUCGAACAAGUUGAGAAGUGUGUGGUCGCUGAGUUGGAAGGAAAGCCGGCUGAAGAGCAAGAGCAGUUGCGGAAGGCGUAUGCCUGGUGGGGCAUACCUGUCAAUGCGGAAAAGGCAUUGAAGCGGGUGAGAGAAGCUGAACGCCUUGGCUCAUUGAUAGAUGGAAAGAAUGGAGUGCUGAGGACCAAGGCAAAGCGGAGCCUAGAUCUGUACGGAUUGGGUUCUUGGAUCAGAUCUCUCAAGAAGGUCCCAAGAAAGGCCUUGCAGGUGUACGCUGGAAAGGCGGUCCACAUUCUGCAGUUUCGGAGAUGUUUAUUUUCUGUGAUGGAGGUGAUUUUUGUGGAAAUUGCAAGGGGUGCUGAGGAGAUUGUGAUCAGCGGUGCGCUGCAGCAAGAAAUGCUUUUGCUAGAGGCUAUGCUGCCUCUUGCUCAGUUUGACCUGAAGGCGCGGGUGGACCCUGUGGUGACCUGCAGUGAUGCCUGUGAGACCGGGGGAGGAAUGUGCAUUUCCUCGAGGCUCACACGGGCUGGGCAAGAGGAAGCCAUGCGCCUGGCCGAUCAUGGGAUCCAGACGCCACCCUCGGGGUUUCCAACCUUCACGCGGGCAAUUCCGCGCAAGAAACCGCCACCAUCACCAGCCGGCUUGAGCGGAACUGACGAGGUGGCGAAGCAACGUUGGGUGGAAGACAAGUUCCGCUACCCGCCGUACACCUAUGCUGAAGUCUACAUGGUGAAACAAGAUGGGAUUCUGAGACCGCUGAAAGCCCUUGAAAGGGAGGUCCUCAUGGGGUUUCCAAGGGGCUACACGGCAGCUCUGUCAAAGAAAACCCCUCAAGGGGAAGAUGAAGUACAAGCAGCAGAAGAUAUGCGCUGCGCUGCACUGGGAAAUUCGUUUCACACAAACACGGUGGCCAGUCUCAUUGACCUGGCGCUUUUCAAGAUGGGUUUGAAACCCUUGAUCGGGGCAAAGCAGAUCGUGGCUGCAUUUGUCCGGUCGGCCCAGCAGCCAGCUGAACCAGAGGCGCCAGUCAAAGAUGACCUCUCAGACACCGAGCAGGUGGAGAGAGGCCGUGAGGAUGAUGAAGUGACGGUGGCCGGUGAGUUGGAGAUGACCGCCAUUCAAGAAGUGUCAGAACAAUUUCCAACGGAUGAAGAAUUACUUGAAAAGGAACGGAAGCUGAGUUCCAAGCUGGUGGCAGCUUUUGUCAGAAGACAAGAGUUCCGUGGAUCAGAUGUGCGGCUGGAUUUGGGAAGUUUGUUCCGGCCGGAUUCCUUCCCCCGCGGAAGCAUCGAUCCAUCAAGAUGGCUGUGGCAUCCGGCUCAAGCCUACCCCUUUGAGCGCUCAGAGCACAUAAAUGUGUUGGAGCUUAGAGCGCUGAUCCACUCCUUCGAAUGGAGGGUAAGAUCAAGCCAGUUUUCUCGUUGCAGGGCACUACACCUGACCGACUCCAUGGUGGCGUUGGCGGUGGUCGUCAAGGGACGUUCCAGUGCCAAAGUGCUCAAUCGACUUCUGCGAAGGUUUGCCGCCCUACAACUGGCGGCGGGUAUUUACCCCGUCUGUGGCUGGGUUGAAUCAGAAGACAACCCAGCAGACGAACCUUCCAGCGAAUUGCUCUCCUUGGGCCCAAAGGACAUCACUUUUGGCAACAAUAAAGCUGUUGUCUUUAUAUCCAGUUCCAAAGGAACCAAGAAGGCGUUCUUACCUCUAGAACGCCUGGAGUUGACAGAGCCGUCAGCCCUGCAUGCGCUCAGGGAACUGAUGAAGCUGUCAAAGCAAUCACCCGUGUUUUGGGUUGAGUCUAGGCUAGCCUGGGUUUGGUAUCCUGGUGUGGCUUUGGAUGCCUUUAUCAAAGGGUUCUUGCUCACACUGCUUUUGCUUCCUCACCUGGAGGAAAGCCCUGCGGGGCGUAUCGUAUAUGUUUCUGCAAAGGCACAUGAGCCAAGGAAAAUGCCAAUGCUCGGCAAUCUCGCUGGCUCUUAUGCCGAUUCCAAGUUAGCGCAGGAGGAUGCGCCAAAGACGCAAAUUCACGUGUCUACACAUCCUUCUGUGCAGGACAGUGAUAUCAAGAAGUUGGAGAUGGUGGCGGUAUCAGGCCGCUACUACUCAUCGCUGUCACCUCCUUUGGUGAAGUGCGGCAAGCAGGCGGAGGACUGUGGAGUGGCCAGCGUUUCUGCUACUGCUUCCAACCGCCUCUUGCAAGAGGACAGUCGAAGUUUCGGGUUGGAGAUUGUUGGAGGACGAGGAUGGUGCUCCUCAAGUAGUAUCGAUGUCAGUUCCAGUCUCAACGUCUCACCAGCUCCAAAGACUUCUGCGGAUUUCGAGAGGCCCUUUUCGAGUGCCAAACACCGCCGCUUGGUGUUUCGGUCCUGGCUUGCGAUGGGGAGCAGGCUGGCCGUGCACUUCUUGAUGCUGGAGCAUCCUUUGCAAUCGUUGCCACGGGACAACUGCGUCAGUUUUGCAUCUCGAGUGCAAUUAGCUUUCAGAGCUGCCAAAGAGGCUUUGAAGAUUUCUGCGAAUGCAGCAAUCCGCGCAGAUGCACCCCAGUUGAUUCUUCUAGAAAAAGGUUCGCUUCCGCCUGCUCCGCUGGGAAGGAGCUGCAAUUUGUGGGUGCCAGUUGCUAUAUCUCCUGAGACCCGAGGCUCAGCCCAGCAAGGAGUGGUCGCAGGUGACGUCGAGGAACAGCCAUGGCCCAUUUGUCGACUAUGGCAGCGGGACGAUCCAAUACCCGUUCCAGCGCUGCCUGUGAGUACCUCUAGCAGAAGCCUUCCAGAGGAUUGUGAGGACUUUCUGGGGCGAGGUUCUGACCUUCAAAGGCUUCUGCAACAACUUGGGGCGCCAAGAGGUCGGCGUGUGAUCGUCCUGCAUGGACCCUGCGGAAUCGGGAAGAGUGCGAUCAGCGCAGAACUUUGCCGCUUUGCAACUGCUCCUGGGCGCAGAUUUGCACCGGUCAAGGGCAGGCACCGGUUGGCUUACGUGUCCUUGCAAAAUUCAUCGAUGGAUUCGGAGACAGGCACAGAGGCUUGCGCCCACUUAUCAAUUUUCGCUGCUGCUGCUGGGCUUGCCUCCAAUGGACGAGCAUGUUUGCUGAUCGAUCGUGCGGAGAAGCAGUUUGGUUGGAGAGACGAGUUUGUUCCUGAAGUACUUGACAAGCAUCCGCAGCUGUGUCUUCUAAUUACAAGGCGAUCACCGUUGUACAGGCUUGAUGGUGAAGGAGGAGACAGGUGGAAGCCGGUGAACAUUGCCUUGGGGCCGCUCCCAGACGUGGAGGCGGCCCAGCUCUUCCUUCAAAGGCUGCAUCGGCCACUCUUUCCGUUGGAUCUAUGGCCAGCUGCAAAGGCAGCUGCAGAGCCAUUGCGGCCUAAUGAGGAUCUUUUGCGCAGAAUUGCUUCGCUUCCAGCACUGGUCGCAUGUGGGGGUCUUCCUCGCCUCGUGGUGCGGCUAGCAGCUGAAGUGACUUGGGAGCUUCCGUCACUGCUGGACCUUCAGCCUGAAUGGCUCAAAGUCGAGUCUGUCAGUCACGGAACAGGAUAUACAGGCUACGGCUUUAGGCCACCGCCCUGCGUCAGUCGCGGAACGAGUCGUGCUUCAUGA